AUGCAGAAUCCGUCUUCAAAUUUUUUUCAACAACAUUUACCGUUUAUGGUAGAAGGCGAACGGGUUGGCGUCAUAUUCUCAAAUUUAGAUGCGAUUCAAAAAUAUAGAGAAGAACUGCUAACUGUAACCUUUGUAGGAAUUGACGGCACAUUUAAAACGGUACCAAAAAGUCCACCACAGCUAACCCUGCUAACCAAAGGCUGUUUAUUAACAUUUCAAGUGGUUCUAAAAAAUGUAUCUUUUCCGAUGGUUUAUGCGCUGACUUCCCGAAUGACUCAAGCUACAUACGAGUCAUUCUUGAUGAUUGUUCGUGAGGUUUUGCCAUUGAAUUAUGCCCAGUUAACAAUCAUAUCUGAUUAUGAAAGGGGGUUAAUAAAUGCAGUAGAAUCAACCCUUCCUGAAAGCAGAUUUCAGGGUUGUUGGUUCCAUUACUGUCAAGCUAUUGUAAGGUAUUGUAGAAGAAGUCUAAAUAGUAUUUACCAUUUAUUCCAAUCGAAUUCUGAGGCAGCUACAAUAUUGCGCAUGAUCUUAGCUUUACCACAUUUACCUGCUCAAGUACAUCCCAAUUGUACAUUUACAAUACAUGAUGGAUUUUGGGUAAUUGUUGAAUAUGCCAAUCAAUAUCCGAAUAUUUAUCAACAGAUGGAAGUAUUUCUGAAUGGUUAUACUCAGGAAUUUUGGCUUACACAAAUUGGCGCUGCCUCUAUAAGCGUCUAUGGUUCAGAUAUACGCACCAACAAUUACCUAGAGUCAUUUCACUCUAUGUUACUCAAUCAAAUGGGAAAACAUCCAAAUAUUUGGGAUUUUUUGCAAAAAUUGUUGUUGAUUGAAAAUAAAUUUUACGUUGAGAUGGACCAAGUAAGAAAUCAUACAUCUAGAGUACAACGGUCAGAUGCUACUCUGAGGGUUAGAGAGUAUAUUGAUACUCUCAAUGACGAUGGGAAUCUCCUAAUGUUUCUCCAAAGAGCAGGCCAUAUGAUGGAUGGGUAUCUGCAUGGACAAAACGGCCCUCGGCCGUCACGGAUCACCGUUACGCUGCCAGACUGCUCACUGCCAUUCAACGUCGCUGAUACAUCCCAUCACCAACGGUCGUAUCGUAAAGAAUGGGAGUCUAAUAUUAUUUACAAAAGCUGGUUGAAAGAAGAUAGAGAUGAUUGUUUCCGUGGCAAGUGUUCAAAAUGCAAGAUUAGUUUUCUCUCUGAAAUAACUUCGAUUAAAAAUCACGCAAAAAACAAAGUCGAUCCCAUAGACGAACAAGUAAAACAUGCGGAAAUUAAGCUUUCUGGUUUUCUGGCCGAGCAUAAUAUUUCAUUUUUAUCAAUUGACCAUCUUGAGCCUCUUUUAAAAGAAAUAUUUCCAGAUUCCAAGAUAUGUCAGAAAAUGAAACUCAAGCGCACAAAAGCAACCAAUAUAAUUAAAAAUGUCUUUGCUCCAGUAGAAAAAAAUGUAUUAGCGAAUAAACUUAAUAGCACUAAAUUCUCUGGGAUGAUUGACGAAUCGACUGACAUUGCUUGUAUUUCCACUAUGUGUAUUGUUGUGCGAUUUUUUGAUAACGAUAUAGCUAAAAUAUCUUCUCAGUUCUGGGAUUUGUUGCCAGUAUAUAACUUAGAAAAUCCUGAUGAAGAUCAUGCAGGCGCUACGGCUAAGAAUAUUUUUUCGAGUGUUAUUGGCUCAUUCAAAAAAUAUAAUGUUAAUGUGGACAAUAUAAUUGGUUUUGGGUCGGACGGUUGCUCAACAAUGAUGGGGAAAAACAAUUCUGUAUCCACCAGAAUGAAUGAAAUGUUUCCCGGGAUUUUUAUAAUGCUAUGUAUUCGUCAUUCGCUUCAUCUGUGUUGUAGUGAAGCUUGUAAAUAUUUACCAAGGAGAUUGGAAGAUUUCGCGCGAAACGUAUUCAACUUUUUUUCGCAUAGUAGUAAACGACAAUCUCAAUAUGUAGAAUUUCAAACAUUUUUAAAUAUGGAUGUACAUAAAAUCUUACAUCCUUCCCAAACUCGUUGGUUGUCAUUGGCUAGUGUGGUAGAACGGUUAUUAGAACAAUGGGAUGCUCUAAAGUUAUUUCUUACUGACAAAUGGAUUUCUGAUAAAUUAUUAUCAUCGGAAACAAUUUAUAAUCAGCUCUUGGAUCCAUUUACAAAGGGAUAUUUUUAUUUUUUGCAAUGGAUAUUACCUAAAUUCACUACACUUAAUCAGUAUUUCCAAACCGAUAACAUAGUGCUUAAUACACUGCACAAGAAAAUGGAAAUUACAUAUAAAGAUAUAUUAUUAACUUACAUGAGAAGAGACUAUAUUUUACAAACUCCAUUGUCCGAAAUAGAUCCAUUGUGUAAUAGUCAAAUAAAGAGUAAUUCUGAAAUUUAUUUUGGUGUUAAAAUCAUGAAUCACAUAAUGUUGGAUUGCAUAAAGGCCAGGCCAGAUUUAUUAAAAGAGUUUUAUGCAAGAUGUAUUGACUUUUUAAAAGUUAGUUGCUCUCAAAUAAAAAAAAACGGUACAAUUUUUCAGAUCCAAUUCUUCCGUUACUUGACAUUCUUACUCCAUCUGUUGCACUUUCCGUAG